AUGCUCCUGCACCACGCUUCGGGCGGCGACCUGGAGGUGUCGCGGCGCGUUGUGGGCGCCGAGUGGUGGGUGCAGCAUCGCUCGCUGAGCGCCCCGAAGGGUUUCCACUUUGAUGUGGAUCAGGAGCAACAGAGGCGUGGGGGGGCGCUGCGUUCGCCAGCACUCUCAUCCAUCCUCUAUCUCACCGACGCGGGCGGGCCGACUCUAAUCCUCGACCAAGUAGCCACCAUCUGCAGCUGGAGCGGGCACGUGCUCCUCUCGCCUGAGCCCGCAGAGGCGGAGUUGAUUCACCCGCUGGCCAACCGGUUCGUGCUAUUUCGAGCGGCCUGCCUCCACGGCUGCUUGCCCCCACUCGGCGCCGGCUGCGGUGUGGAGGGCGCAGAGGCGGCAGAGCAGCCAAAGCGCACGACUCUGCUGGUCAACUGGUGGAUUGGGGAGCGCCCUGCGCCGCCCUCCUGUGCCGAGGCACCCCCCUCCCUCCUCGACGAGAUGCGGCGCGCCUCGGCGCCGCACUAUGCCGAGGCCCUUGCUGCCGGUGGAGGGGCGUGGAAGUGGGAUGAGGCAGUGGCGCGACCGCUGGAUGUCAGCGACGUAGGAACAGGGGAGGCGUGCCAGCAGGUUUGCCUAGAGGUUCCGCUGCCUGCGGGUGAGGGGCCGAACGGGCGGGCACAGGCUGCGAACACGCCAGUUGACCUCUUGCUUCCUUUGGCUGGCCUGGAUAUUGCGGCAGCGGCGUGCGCGUCACCGGAAUGGGUCGCGGUCGGGUGA